CUCCUCACCGGGUUUUCGGGAACUAUGCAGCUCUGCCCUCGGCACUGGGAGCAAGCCCAGGCGCUGCCCUCGGAAGGGAGACAGAAGCAGUGUUUGUCUGGGCUGGGCUCUGCGCACAGCGCCCACAGCGCACAAAGCCCAGGCAGCUCCCGGCGUCGCGGCCGUGGUCGCUCCGAUGUCUCAGGAACCGCAGCGCCGGAGCAGCCCCGCUGCCUUGCUCAUCCCCAAGCCCAGGGAAGGGCGAGCGCAGCGCGCGGUGUACGUCCUCCUGGCCACCUGCACCGCGGCGCUGUGCCUGGCUGGGGAGCCCCUGUCACCCGCUGCCCACCGCCUCACCGCCCACCUGGCAGCCCUGCAGAUCGGGGCCCUGCUCAAGGGCUGCUGCUGCCUGGCAGAGGAGAUCUUCCACCUCCAGUCCAGAUACCACGGCAGCUUCUGGAGGGCACUGAGCGCCUGCUUCCCACCACGCUGGCACCUGGCCCUGCUGUUCAUCGGUGGCUCAGCCUACCUGGACCUGCAGCAGGGAGACAGGCUCAGCCCCUACCUUGCCCUGACCUGCCUGUGCCAUCUCCUCGCCCUCGCCCUCGGGCUCCAGAAGCCCUCGGCAGCGGAGAUCUCUGAGAUGACUGAGAGGUCCAAGCAGAACAUCGCUCAUGGGCUUGCCUGGUCUUACUAUGUUGGGUACCUGAAAAUGGUUCUGCCACGCAUAAAGGAGUCUAUGGAGGAAAUCAGCAAAGCCAACCCCAACGUGCAGGCAUGCAGGGAGACCUGGAAGCUCCACAUCUUGAUCCCUCUGAGCUGUAACAUCUGGGAUGACCUGGAGAAAGCUGACAGCAAUAUCCAGUACCUGACAGACCUCACAGAAACCACCCUGACCCGAGGCGGCAUCAAAAAAAGGGUCUACAAGCACAGCUUCUACGCAAUCAGGGAUGGGGACAACCAGGCCAGGCACUGUGCGGUGGAGUACGCCACGCCGCUGCAGACGCUCUAUGCCAUGUCUCAGGACGAGUGUGCUGCCUUCAGCCGGGAUGACCGCCUGGAGCAGGCCAAGCUUUUCUACAGGACCUUGGAGGAGAUCCUGAGAGGCUCCAAGGAGUGCACAGGAACCUACCGGCUCAUUGCGUACGAGGAGCUGAGAGAAACCGAGCCCCACUUCUUGUCCAGAGAGAUCCUCUGGCACCUGCGGCAGCAGCAGCAGGAGGAAUUCACGGUGUACGAGGGGACCCCUCCACGCACCCUGGCCACGGCCCUGGGCUCAACAGAUCUCAGCCUCCAGAUCAGUGCCUCCGACCUGCCCCAGCCCCUGCGGAGCGACCACCCCUGAGGUCCCCGUCCUGCGAGCCCACUCCUGCAGCAGGAGCCUCCCGUGGCUGUGAGCCCCGGCCUCCCGCAGGAGGCGUGCACCCGGAGCUCCCAUGUUUCACAUUUACAGCUGACCCAAACCGCAGCCUUGUUCCCAUUUCCCAUUUCCUUUGUUUUGUUGUAUAUUUCUAAUAUAUUAUAUAUAGAAUCAGAAUCACAGAAUCGUGUAGGUUGGAAGAGACCUCCAAGAUCACCGAGUCCAACCUCUGACCUAACACUAACAAGUCCUCCACUAAACCAUAUCACCAAGCUCUACAUCUAAACGUCUUUUAAAGACCUCCAGGGAUGGUGACCGAACCACUUCCCUGAAUAUAUAUUAUUAUGUUAUUUUUAUUUUUUAAUCUGCUUCAAUUUUUAUCAUAUAAAGCAUUUUUCUCUGGGGUAAGUUGCAUGACCACAACUCCUGGGAAUGGCACGCAGCCUGCCCUUGGACACCCUGCAAUGCUGAAAUCCCAGCCCCACAUGUGUAGGUGUGCGCUGGGCCCAAGCAAUCCUGGCCUUUCAAGGGGCUGGAUUUGGGUUUUCCUGCUGGCCCCAGGCAGGGGCUGAGCCUGUGCCCCGUUCCUGGCCCUCAGCUGCCCGGCUCCUUUUUGCAGCUCCCACCCCAAAGAUGCUGGAUGCACCUCACUCUGCCCACGGCUCCCAAAGGAAGAGUCAUGCAGACAGCCUGGGACAGCUCGCAGCUCACGGGGCUGGGGAUGGCCAUGGCAGCACUCCAGCAGGAAGAUGGGUGCCCUGCCAGGCCCCAAGCCCCAUGCUUCAGUGGUCCCGACUGAGAAAAACUAAGUGGCUGGACAUGGAUGUCACUGCUUCCUCAAGCACCUGGUGGAACAGCUUUGGUGACAGUGGGGGCUCCCUGCGGGCAAGAAGGCAGUUCCAGUGGGCAACGUGGCACAGCAGCAGCCACGGCCGCAGACAGGCUGAGGAGCAGCCUUGCUGCACUGCUCCAGCACUGCAACGUGAAGGGCUCCAGCACAACGGCGCUGCUCCAGCCUUGUUUGCUCUGCGAAGGCAGCAUUGGACUGGCCUCUGAGACGUGGCCGUGCCACCCCGUGUUCCCCUCUAAAUGCAGGGAAAAAAGCCUGGGUGCAAACCGAGGCACAGAAAGCCCAUAACCUAGCACCUAACCACGCUGUGAAGCCUCUGGGCCCACUCUCCUGACCUGGAUGAGCACAAUGUGGUGACACCUUCUGCACCCCAAGGGUCACCCCCUCUUUAAGGGAUCAGCUGCAGCUUUCUCCUCUCUCAUCUAAAGCCACUUAAGAAAUAGCUCCCGCUCAUUCUGCCUCCCCUCAGCUUUCCUUCCCAGGACAAAACUGCUCGUGGCUCGCAGCUGCCUCUCAGCAAAGCAGCCCAGGCAAACAAGAGAGCUCCAUCUGCCAUGCACCAGGAAGAACGAGAUGGGAAAUGCUUCUCCCCAGCACCAGCAAGCUUACAGAAGAGAUUUGUCUGCACAUUGGUCCCGCUGGGAUUUGGAGUUGGAACCCAUUGCAGGAUUGGUAAACCUUAACCUGAAGCCUAAUCUCUGGGUAUUGCAUCUGCACAGAAAAACAAAAGUGACAGAUGAAAGGUGAGGGACCCCUCGCCGGCAGUGGGAGCACACACCCCUCGUGCAGAGAGCAGAGUCCUGGACCAAGGGCUCUGGUCCCAGCGCGUGGGCAGGAGGACAUGCUCCUGGCUGCCCCACAUCACCCAUCUCUCCUUUUUGGAGCACAGAGCGGCUGUGACCACCUGCUGAGACUGGAAACACACAGCACCAGGGCUGAGCUCAGCAGCACAGGCACCGCCAGCCACAGCUGUGAGGGAUGCAGAGCCAGCACGAGGGCACCCCCAAGGUUUGUGCCUUUUUUCCCCCAGGGAUCCUCGUGCGGCAACAACACAGCCUCUUUCCUGACUCCCUUCGGGUACAGGCGCUUCCCACCUUCCCCGUCACCACCCCCAGUCUGGCUGAAGCUGGGCUCAGCCCCUGUGAGCAGGGCACAGGCAGACACAGGAGCCUCAGAGGAAAGCUGACGGUGCAGCCUUGUUCCAGCAGAAACCAUGCUGGUGUCCGACAGCUCAGCUUCUGACGCUGCUCAAGAGCAAACCAGGGCCAAGCAAAUGGCAAGGUGACAGCCUUCGCUGGCAGAGUAUGGCAGGCAGGGCUGACAGAGGCAGGAAUAGCAAGCCUCAGAAGGAAGUGGAAGCUUGCUGCCCACGCUGGCAAGCAGAAGAUAGCCGUUAGGGAUAGCCAUUAGGGAUAGUUUUCCCUCAACCUCCCUAACAGCACAAAUUGGCCAAGUCUUUGCACUAACUGCAGCUUUCUCUGUUAGCCCUGACCCAGGGUUCCCCAGCUUGUAGGUGGGUGAAGGUGCCACAGGGCAUCAGCAGCACAGCCUGGCCUGCUGCUGGCUGGCACUUGCAAAGUGGUGGCAUCCCCAGCAGCUAUUGUCACCUGUGUGUCUGCUGACCACAGUGUGGACACCACCGCCCAGUGCCACUGGCCUUGCUCAGUGGGGAUCGUGCUGGCUCAGAAGUGCCCAGCGUGGCACAGGGGUGAGGGCUGAGCCCAUGGCACCUUGCAGGGCAGCACGGACUCGGCAUGCCACAUCAGGAAGCCACGCUUGCCACUGCAGAGAUGGGGCAGGCGUCCCUGGGGAGCUGGAGCCCGCCCCCCCAGCCCCAGCCUGGCAGACUUGCAGCAGCUGCUCCCUCAGGGCUGUGGGCCCCAGAUCUCAUCUGUGACCAGGGUGCCCCUGAGGCACCAACCACCCACCAGCCCCUCCAGGCCCAGGGUGCUCUUGCUGAGCACUUUUCUCCAACACCCAGCCUGCUCUCGAGCCUGAGCAGCUCUCCUCUGCCCUCAGGAUGGAGGAGAGGCGUUAGGGAGCGGCAGACCCCCCACCCCGGCUGGGAUGGAGUUAAGUUUUCCUGCAGUGGCCCAUAUAGUAUUGUGUCACACCGAUGUUUUGUCUACUGCUGAGCAGUGCUGACACAGCACCAAGACUCUCUCCAAACCCCCCGGGGCCAGCAGGCUGGGGUGGGCAAGAGGUGGGGAGAGGACAUGGCCAGGGCAGCUGACCUAAACCAACCAAAGGGAUACCCCAUGCCAUAUGGGGUCACUGUCAGCAACAAAAGCCGGGAAAGGGGAAGGAGAAGGAGGGCUCUCGUUAUGAAGACACCUGUCCUGAGCAGCCACUACGGGUAUUGAGGCCAUCCCAGGACAUGGCCAGACAUUGCUUGUUGAUGGGAAGUAGAGAAUAUUUUUUUUCUUCUCUCUGUGCUUUCUUUCCUUUUUUUUUUUCCUGUUCCUUUUCCCUUUAAUUAAAUUAUCCUAAUCUCAACC